GGGACCAGGACAGAGACAACCGAGGGGGGUCUGAGUGUCCACCCGGGACCUUUUGGCGAGAUACCGCGGACUCACAAGCCGGUUAAAGGGUUGCGGAGGUGCUGGAGCCUAUCCCAGCUAACUACGGGCAGUAGGCAAGGUUUCAACUUGCGUGCUGCCACUAAAGUAGCUCUACACCGACUUGGGUUUCAAAGAAUAAAAGAGAGUUGAAGCAACCACACAGAUCGAGGACCAGACGUGUAGUAGUUGCACAACUGCCGGUGUGUGGUGGCCGGUUUGCAUACUUGUGGGGUGGAAGAAGAAGGAGGGCUCGGCGAUGGUCACGGCUAUGGAGGACGCUAACGUCGCGCGGGCAGAGGAGGAGGUGCAAGAGGCGGUGGAUGUGCCUGCGGUGGCAGUCCAGGCCAAUCAGGAAGCAGUAACAUCUGGAGCCGUGCAAGAGGAGUUGGAGAAUCUAGGUGAGCUCCCCACCACCGGGGGCGCCAAAGACAUCGAUCUUCUCUUCCUCCGCGGCAUCAUGGAAAGCCCCAUUGCUCACGAACAGCUGGAUGAAGUCAAGCUGGAGGCGGUGCAGGACAACAAUGUGGAGUUAGUGACGGAAAUUCUCGGAGACAUCAGCGGUCUUAAAGUCCGAGACGACAGCGCGGCCGAACUCUCGAGGAUUUUGCGGGAGCCCCACUUCCAGUCCCUUCUGGAGGCGCACGACAUGGUGGCCUCCAAAUGCUACGAAGUCCCGCCUCCGGCCGAGAUGGCCAAUGACGCGGCGGUAAACAGUGCGCUGAUGCAAGCGGAUGCCGUGCGCAUGAUCGGGAUCCGGAAGAAGGCCGGGGAGCCUCUGGGCGUCACCUUCCGCGUGGAGAAAGACGACCUUGUCAUCGCCAGGAUUCUCCAUGGCGGCAUGAUUGACAGGCAGGGAUUGCUGCACGUGGGUGAUAUUAUCAAGGAAGUGAAUGGAAAGGAUGUGGGCAACAAUCCCACUGAACUUCAGGAAAUGCUCAAGGACUGCAGUGGUGGAAUCACUUUGAAAAUUCUGCCUAGUUACCGGGAUGCCCCCGCACCCCCGCAGGUGUACGUGCGACCCUACUUUGACUACGAUCCGGCCAACGACAACCUGAUACCUUGCCGGGAAGCUGGAAUGGCGUUCAAGCGAGGGGACAUCCUGCAGAUUGUCAACAGGGAAGAUCCAAACUGGUGGCAGGCUUGUCAUAUGGUGGGCGGGGCAACAGGGCUGAUACCGAGUCAGUUCUUGGAGGAGAAGAGGAAAGCGUUUGUUCCUCGCGAUUUUGAUGGAUCAGGGAUCUUGUGCGGCACCAUUGCAGGGAAGAAGAAGAAAAAGAUGAUGUAUUUGACAGCCAAGAACGCAGAAUUUGACCGUCAUGAGCUGCAAAUCUACGAAGAAGUAGCCAAAGUUCCUCCAUUCCAGAGGAAAACGCUGGUUCUGAUCGGCGCUCAGGGCGUAGGCCGACGCAGCUUAAAGAACCGGCUCAUGGUCCUUCAGCCCGCCCGCUUCGGCACCACGAUACCCUACACGUCACGGCGUCCACGUGACGAAGAAUUGGACGGCAACUCUUACCACUUUACAUGCCGGACAGAAAUGGAAGUGGACGUGAAAGCGGGCCGAUUUCUAGAACACGGCGAGUACGACGGCAACCUGUACGGCACUAAAAUCGAGUCCAUCCACGAGGUGGUGGCAGCCGGACGCACAUGCAUUCUUGAUGUUAACCCUCAGGCUUUAAAGGUCCUAAAAACAGCCGAAUUCAUGCCUUACGUUGUAUUCAUCGCCGCGCCUGAUUUCGACACGCUAAAGGGCAUGCACAAAGCCGUCGUGGACGCGGGUCUCACCUCCAAACAACUCACGGAUGUGGACCUGAAAAAGACUGUAGACGAGAGUGCGCGCAUCCAGCGGGCGUACGGCCACUACUUCGACCUGACCAUCACCAACGACAACCUGGACAAAGCUUUCGACACAUUACAGGCCGCCGUGGACAAACUGCGCACGGAGUCGCAGUGGGUGCCCGUUAAUUGGGUCUACUAAGCUAGAAAUUUGGGAAGGGUCUGUCUGCAGCACUAGCAAUGGGGAGGAUCACUUCCACAUGGUUUGGAGCUAACUGUAAUCGUAACCUCAGCCGCGCCACUGUUAACGAGGCAUCUAUGUAUUCAUGUCUGUGACAGCUAGUGGAAGCUUAAACAAAAGCUAGCGGAAGCUUAAACGAAAGCUAGCGGAAGCUUAAACGGAAGCUUGCGGAAGCUGAAACGGAAGCUUGCGGAAUCUUAAAGGAACGCUUGCGGAAGCUUAAACGGACGCUAGCGGAAGCUUUAAACGGACGCUAGCGGAAGCUUUAAACGGACGGUAGUGGACACUUUAAACGGACGCAAGCGGACACUUUAAACGGACGUAAGCGGAAGUUUAUACAGACUCUUGUGGAAGCUUUAAACAGACGCUAGCAGAAGCUUAAACGGACGCUAGCGGAAGUUUAAACAGAAGCUUAAAACGGACGCUCGCGUAAGCUUUAAACGGACGCUAGCGGAAGCUUUAAACGGACGCCAGCGGAAGCUUUAAACGGACGGUAGCGGACACUUUAAACGGACGCAAGCGGACACUUUAAACGGACGCAAGCGGAAGUUUAAACGGAAGCUUUAAACUUCCGCUAGCGUAAGCUUUAAACGGACGCUAGCGGAAGCUUUAAAAGGACGCUAGCGGAACCUUAAACGGAAGCUAGCGGACGCUUUAAAUGGACGCUAGCAGAAGCCUAACAGGACGGUACCGGACACAUUAAACGGACGAUAGCGGAAGCUUAUACAGACUCUUGUGGAAGCUUUAAACAGACGCUAGCAGAAGCUUAAACGGACGCUAGCGGAAGUUUAAACAGAAGAUUAAAACGGACGCUCGCGUAAGCUUUAAACAGACGCUAGCGGAAGCUUAAACGGACGCUAGCGGACGCUUUAAACGGACGCUAGCUGAAGCUUAACAGGACGGUAGCGGACACUUUAAAUGGACAUUAGCGGAAGCUUUAAACAGACGCUAGCAGAAGCUUAAACGGACGCUAGCGGAAGUUUAAACAGAAGCUUAAAACGGACGCUCGCGUAAGCUUUAAACGGACGCUUGCGGAAGCUUUAAGCGGACGCUAGCGGAAGCUGUAAACGGACGCCAGCAGAAGCUUUAAACGGACGGUAGCGGACACUUUAAACGGACGCAAGCGGACACUUUAAACGGACGCAAGCGGAAGUUUAAACGGAAGCUUUAAACAGACGCUAGCGUAAGCUUUAAACGGACGCUAGCGGAAGCUUAAACGGACGCUAGCGGACGCUUUAAAUGGACGCUAGCAGAAGCCUAACAGGACGGUACCGGAUACAUUAAAUGGACGAUAGCGGAAGCUUAUACAGACUCUUGUGGAAGCUUUAAACAGACGCUAGCAGAAGCUUAAACGGACGCUAGCGGAAGUUUAAACAGAAGAUUAAAACGGACGCUCGCGUAAGCUUUAAACGGACGCUAGCGGAAGCUUAAACGGACGCUAGCGGACGCUUUAAACGGACGCUAGCUGAAGCUUAACAGGACGGUAGCGGACACUUUAAAUGGACAUUAGCGGAAGCUUUAAACAGACGCUAGCAGAAGCUUAAACGGACGCUAGCAGAAGUUUAAACAGAAGCUUAAAACGGACGCUCGCGUAAGCUUUAAACGGACGCUAGCGGAAGCUUUAAGCGGACGCUAGCGGAAGCUUUAAACGGACGGUAGCGGACACUUUAAACGGACGCAAGCGGACACUUUAAACGAACGCAAGCGGAAGUUUAAACGGAAGCUUUAAACGGACGCUAGCGGAAGCUUUAAAAGGACGCUAGCGGAACCUUAAACGGACGCUAGCGGACGCUUUAAAUGGACGCUAGCAGAAGCCUAACAGGACGGUACCCGACACAUUAAACGGACGAUAGCGGAAGCUUAUACAGACUCUUGUGGAAGCUUUAAACAGACGCUAGCAGAAGCUUAAACGGACGCUAGCGGAAGUUUAAACAGAAGCUUAAAACGGACGCUAGCGGACUCUUUAAACGGACGCUAGCUGAAGCUUAACAGGACGGUAGCGGACACUUUAAAUGGACAUUAGCGGAAGCUUUAAACGGACGCUGGCGGAAGCUUUAGACCAGGGGUGUCAAACCGAUUCCAUAAAGGGCCGCAGUGGGUCCUGGUCUUUGUUCCAACAGAUCCAGCACAGAAAGUUCAACCAAUGAGUUUGAUUGAACUGAUUACACUUGUAAGACACUAGAUUGGUGAAAAGGGAUUGUUCUCGUUUGGUUGGAAUGAAAUCCAGUACCCACUGCGGCCCUUCGAGGACCGGUUUGACACCUGUGCUUUAAACGGACGCUGGCGGAAGCUUUAAACGGAAGCUAGCGGAAGCUUCAAACGGACGCUAGCGGAAGCUAUAAAAGGAUGAUAGCGAAAGCUUAAACGGAAACUUGCGGAAGCUUAAACGGAAGCUUGCGGAAGCUUAAACGGACGCUAGCAAAGGCUUUAAACGAACGCUAGCGGAAGCUUUGAACGGACGCUUGCGGAUGCUUUAAACUGACGCCAGCUGAAGCUUAAACGAAAGCUAAGUGGAAGAACAAAGAACAAGAACAAGUGAUUCCCCCAUUACUAGUGACGCCCCUGUCUUGCAGGCUGCAGACAGAUCCAUUUUAGGAAUUUGGACACUCGCCACGCCACUUUUUUCUACUUAAAGGGAAUGAGUGCUUAUUUAUUUUCUAACUUUUUAUCAAAGAUCUUUCUAUAAAGGCAGUGAAAAGGGGAGUUCUUCAGGGUUGUUUUCUGUGUUAAACGUCUGUUUUACGUGUUUCAAACUGUUAUUUCAUUCACUGCCAUUGACGGCGAGGGACGUCCAAACCAUUUGAACUGGGAGGACUGCCACAUUCCCAGUUCUCAUGGUUUGGACGUCUGUCACGGUUAGUGACAGGUUCAAUUUUUGUAAAAAGUUGUGAUCGAACACUGUUAAUUUUUUAGUAGUUUCUUUGAACGUGCGUCUUGAUUUUAGUGUACUUUUCGCCACCUCUGUCCUGCCUGCCUAAUAUGCAACCGUCACUGUCCUCAUCUUCAAGCCAACGUCUUUAUUUCUGAUGUGAAAGUCGCACAAAUGCCACACGUCAACCUCUUUUAGACUGCAGAAAAGUAACUUAUUUCAGUUAUGUCUUUAUUUAUUAAAGCUAGUUCUAUUUUUGAUGUAUUUCCUUUUAUAAUCCCAGUGCCACAUUGUAGAAAUCCUGCUACCAGUUUAAGGUAUUAUCAAUCACCCCGUUCAAAAGAUUUGUUUCUACAUUUUUAUCUGCAAAUUUAAAUAAAGGUGAUUGCAUUUCG